GUCCAUAAAUCUAAAAAGAACCCACCGGAAAAGUCCAUAGCAAGCGAAAUAGAUUCCCUGACUUCUAAAUUAUCUGAAUUCAUAGACUUUUUACAGAAACAUGCCGAAUCCGCACAGUCAUACUUGAAAGACACAAAGCAUCUACUACAAGAACUUGACUCGAUUGAAUGGAAGGAUGAUUACAUCUGGACCUCUUUCGAUGUCACUUCCUUGUAUAUUGUCAUUGCUCAUGAAUUAGGAACGGAGGCAAUUAAGAAAAGUCUAGAGAGAAACACACAAUCAGAUCAAGCUUUAGUGGAGUGCAUUGGCUUCAUUUUAACUC